AUGUUAGAGACAGUGGAAGUGGUCGGGAAUUCCUUGAAAUGCAACGAGAGAAAAAUCGACUUGGAUGAUAUAGUCGCUAUAUUGCCCAAUUUACCUCAACCUGGGUAUAUUGUCCUGUUCCUAGAGCGAGCUCAAGGAGAUGAAUCUUCUACACGCCUUCUAAAAACAAAUAUCUCGUCUCUACCAAGUGAGGCUGCCUUGUCUCAGUUGUUGACAGAGUUCCCAAUUCAUCUUCGACUUGAAAAGCCUGUCGAUGUCGUGAUUUCAACACGUUCUGGCACAGGCACCGCGAUGACGGUCUUUGAGAAUCUUCUUCAACCUCUUUUCACGUAUUUGGAUAUUGAUUAUCGGAUUCAUGAGACACAGUCUGAUCAAACGAUUGUCGAACUGUCUCAAACGCAGUUUUUGGAAAGAGCUUGCGCGGGGAUCUCCCAAAAUAUCGUACUUCUAUCCGGUGAUGGGGGCUUAAUUGACAUUGUCGAUGUCUUUUACAAAUCUACACAACAUUUACUGGUGUCACCACAUAUUUUCUUGAUUCCCUGUGGAACAGGAAAUGCCAUGGCUAGUUCAAUAGGACUCAGAUCUCCAGCCUCUGGCCUCACGGCAAUAUUCCGCGGACAACCAACUUCAGUCCCGAUAUUUGCCACAAAGUUAUCACUGGGUAGCCAGAUGGUAGCAGACGAGGGACGUCAACGAACUCCAAUAGACUUGACUCCGGAUUCCUCCCAUCGAAUAAUAUAUGGUGCCGUUGUGGCGAGCUGGGGCAUGCACGCAGCUUUAGUCGCAGAUAGCGAUACUGCCGAAUAUCGCAAAUUUGGAUCAGAGAGGUUCCAACUGGCAGCAAAAGAACUCCUAUAUCCUUCGGAUGGUGCAGAACCUCAUCGAUUCCAGGGCAGGAUAACCCUUACGGGUGCUCACCGGGAGGUCAUAGAAGACGAGCAUAUGUACGUGCUGGCUACACUUGUACCUCGUUUAGAGAAGGACUUCUUAAUAUCACCUGCUUCAGAGCCAUUGGGGGGAUCACUACGUUUGGUGCAUUUUGGUCCUUUACCCGCAGACGAGGCUAUGCGUCUUAUGGCUCUGGCCUACCAGGGGGGUCAACAUGUACUGGAUAAGCUAGUGACCUAUGUUGAAUUUGAAAAGAUGCGUAUCGAUUUCCAAGAAGGUCAAGAGAGAUGGAGACGAGUUUGCAUUGAUGGGAGGAUUGUUGCUAUCGAGGAGGGGGGCUGGAUAGAGAUUUGCAAGGAGCCACGACAGUUGUUGAAUGUAAUUAAGCCAUAA